ACGACAACGUUUCAAAAGAAACACUAAAAACAAACAAACCCCUCUGCAUAUUGUCUCUCUCCUUUACCAUUGCCAAGACCUAAUCCCCAAAAUUAUUCCUUUUAACCCCAGGUUCUUAAAUUUCAGGAGGAGAAUUCAAAUAGUUAGCAUCAAACUGAAAGAAGAUGGAAGCAGAGGUGAUAAAAGCAGAGCUAGUGUUGCCAACCCAUUUGAGCUUUAAGAAGAUACAAAUGUAUGAGAAGUACCCGAAAGGCCAAGCAAGAGGACGCCACUGGAAGCACCUCAAGCAGAUUCUUCAGGCUGAGAAUUAUCAGAACUACCCUCCUGAUGAACCCAAUUAUGUUAAUAUUGAGUCCCCACCCUCCAUGCAUCCAUGCAAGAGAAUCUGUGAUAUAACUGGAUUUGAGGCACCUUACUCUGACCCAAGGACUAACUUGCGUUAUGCUAGUGCUGAUGUCUUCAAGCUUGUUAGAUCACUUCCAAAUGAUUAUGUGCAGAGAUAUCUUGCACUGAGAAAUGCAGCAGUUGUUCUGAAGUGAAGUAUUUGCAUGAAAAAAGGUGGCUUUUAUCUGCUUCUGCUUCUAUAGAAUCUUUAGUACAUAGGUGAUAAAUAUGAGAAUAGGUUUGAGAAAAAAGAUGCCAUAUAGAGAGAUGAUUCAAAAGAGUUGGAUGGAAUAAGUGAACUUUGUUAGUUAUUCCUCUUGAUGACUUUGCUUCUCUUUUUUGGAAUUGAUUUUGUAGGAAAACAGUAGUCUUAUGCCUUGUGUUGAUCGAGUCUAAUGAUGCAAGAAGCAAUUACUUGCUUUGUUCUUUGA